AUAAACCAAGGAAGCCGCACGCGAACGCGAGCCCUUCUCCGCCUCUUCUUCCUCCUCCCCCUCCCCCUCCCCCUCCUUCCCUUCCCUUCCUUCUCGCUCGCUAAUCGCCAUACUUCCCGCUCCCCCCGCGGCUCCGCUUUGACCGCCUCCCCGUCCUCCCUUCUCAUCUCCCCGGGGCCUCCCCCUCCCGCUUCCACCCGCGCGAUUCAGGCACAGAAAGAGAGGGAGGCAGCGGCCGGAACGGGCGAUGUCAAUGUGGCGCUUCUCCCGCUCCCUCCUCCGCGCCGCCGCCACCGCGGCGUCGUCCGCGUCCGCCUCGUCACCGGCGGCGGCGGCGGCGGGGAAGCAUGCCGCCUCGCGGAGGUGGGCGACGCCGCGUGAGCUCCAGCGGUGCCGGUACGCGUCGCUCCCGGCGGCGGCGGAGGCGGCGGCGGGGAAGGAUGGGGAGGCGGAGGUGACGGCGGAGGAGGCGAGGCGGCUGAUGCGGCUGGCGAACGUGGAGGCGCUGAAGCGGAAGCUCGGGGACGGGGAGGUGAUACUGUACGCGGAGCUGCUGCGCGCGUGCCAGGAGGCCGGCGCCGCCCGGACGCGCGCCGAGGCCGUGGCUCUCGCGGGCGCGCUCGACGAGGCCGGCGUCGUGCUGCUCUUCCGCGACAAGGUCUACCUCCAGCCCGAAAAGAUUGUGGAUCUUGUAAGAAAAGCUAUGCCACUUGCACUGACACCUGAGGAUGAUCCAAGAAAGGAAGAACUCAAGAAGCUGCAGACACAGUUGGAAGAUAUCAACAAGCUCGCACACAAGCAAGUCAGGAGAAUCCUCUGGUCUGGGCUAGGGUUCUUGAUCACACAGGUUGGGCUCUUUUUCAGGCUCACAUUCUGGGAGUUCUCGUGGGAUGUCAUGGAGCCCAUCACGUUCUUCACCACCACAACAGGCCUGGUUGUAGGGUAUGCCUACUUCCUCAUCACAUCAAGGGAUCCAACUUACAGAGACUUCAUGGAGAGGCUGUUCGAAUCUCGGCAGAGGAAGCUGAUCCAGAGGCAAAACUUCAACUUGGAUAGGUACCUGGAACUCCAGAGGCGCUGUAAAGAUCCUCUGGAGAAGAUAUGUGGCACAAACCAAUCUUCCAAUCCUGACAUCGCUCAUCUCCACGAGUUGUCCGUUAACAAAUGACAGCAAUCUCACAAGCACUAAUCUACCAUUGCUUCUUUUCUUAUUCCAUUUUUUUGGGGUGAUGAUCAAGAAAGUACUAGCAAAUCCGAUGUUUUUACAUUGGUGAGGUGGACCUAUUUUUUUUGCGACCCUUUUUAUGGUCUUCCCAUAUGCAAAUGUGUAGGUCAGACUCAGUAACUACUAUAAUCUUUUUUUGUAACAAUGUUGAAGCACAAAGCACACGUUAGUUGGAAGGAAACUUUACAUGUAUGACCAUAUGACCAGAAGCUUUGCCAAGAGCUGUGUAAUUUUGCAGCCUAGCCUCUGCUAAUCUACUGUGCCUGUGCUAGUAAUUCAUUAGCUUCAUUA